UUUCAACAAUAAAUUAUUAUUGCUUAAAUGCGCUGCGCUGUGAAUAAUUGCGGAAAUAAUAAUCGCAAUUGCAAUAGAAUAAAAUGGCGAUACUUUCAUUUCCCCAAGGAGAAACCGGUUCUUCAAAAAUGGAUAGAUUUCUGCCAGCGAAAAAGCAUGAAUCCUGCUACAGCUUGUAUUUGCAAUGAGCACUUUACACCUGAAGAUUUUGAACGGAACAUGCAGUACGAACUUGGGUUUACCAGAAAAAAUCCAACUAAACUUAAGCCCGGCUCAUUUCCCACUAUAAAUAAACCCCGAAUGCUGAAAAAGCGUGGAAAACCAAAAAAGGAUAAUUUUAAUGUUUCUUCAGCUAAGUCUAAGAAAACUCAAUCUCUAGAUGAUGAUGAUAAUGAAACCAUCGAAAUCCAACUAUGCGAUUUUGCCACUGAUUUGCAGCAUCUCAGAGAAAAUUCGUCCAGCAAUGAGGAUGUGGAGCUAAUCAGCGAAUCUGAUUUAAAUAAAGACCCCAAGAGACUGAAAGAUUAUAUGCAUUUGGAAGUGGAAAUCCUGGAUCCUUUAAAUCCGCAACCAAAUGCCAAGGAUCAUGUGGAGAUCGUCGACUCAGAGGGCGACAAUUAUGUCAAACAUUUGGAGCACGAAGUAUGUUCCUUAAAACGAGAGGUAUUUUUUCUUAAGGAGGAACGCAAAAAAUUACUGGAAGAACUUCGAAUCCUCAAGGCCACUUUUCAAAAAACGGAAGUCUAAAAAAGGCUGAAAAGGCAACUCUUUGUCAAUUGCAGCGUAGUUGACACUUUUUCAUCAACAUAUUUUAUACAAUAUAACUGAUUUCACCUUUUUGUAAUGCAUUAAGAAGUAAUAAUUAAUUAUAAUUAAUUUUAAUAACUAAGAUGUAUUUUAAAAGUAAGCAAAUACUAUUAAUUUGAUGUCAACAUAUUCACUUGUAAAUAAAUUCAUUCAAAUGAAAAGCCUA